AUGCGAGUCAGCAUAGACGACGAGAACUCGUCGGUGGCCGUCAUGCUUCUUCCUUCGGCACAGGCGAGUCCUCUCAUCAGCUCCCAGUUUCCCACGCGCACCGGUGCCAUCGGCACCGCCACAGCGGAUACUGACGCCAUUAAUGCACCAGGCAAUGGCGCAGCCAGCCCUGAUGGCGGCAGCACGCCAUCUUCCAUGGCCACGAUGACCACAACCAACGCAGUCCUCUACUACCCCUCCGCGCAGCUGCCGACGCCUCCACCACUGCAUCGUCCCUCGUCAUCGCCGGUGUUGAUGCAGCAGCCGCAGCACGAAGUGCGUGCGGCUCCUCGUGCUGUACCCUACUGUUCCCUAUCCUGCGAGUCUGACAGCAAUGAGGAACCUCUCUUCCAGCGCCCACCACCUGCAACGCCGAUAGCACCCUCUCUGGCGUACAUGACAUCAUCACCACCGCCGUUCUCCACAUCGAUGCAGGCGCCGCAGCCGGACCGUCUGUGCGGCGCGGUGAGCGCGAAGCCGGAAGGUGGCGGCCUCGCUAGAGGUGGAACCGCCCUGUACACCUCCCUUCUCCCUAUCUCCUCCACCCCGACCAUGGCGACCACAGAGACGCCGGGCACCCUGGCGGGGAGGCGCUCAGCUGUUGCCCGUGAAACCUCGAAUUACUCUCUGGCUGCACCCACCAAGACGCACGUAUCUGCGUCCUCGAGUACUGCACGUAUCCACGGAGGCUACGCGGGCAGUAGCAACAAAUCCACGGCAGAGUCAACAGUUGGAAAUCAUAGUAGGGGUGACCGAGGGGUACAACGACCUCUGUUAAUGACGGCGCCCAACGGCGUUGCAGUAUCAUCAGCGUCGCCUGCGGCGCCGGUGACACUCACCAACGUAGGGGACACAGUGCUCGUUGCCGAACCGUUACCACCAGCGAAGCAGCGUCGCACGAUCCACACAGGAGUGGGCAACAGGGGAACUCUUCCAAGCGGAGGCAUCGGCGCCGGUCCCGGACUGUCCACCGCCGCCACCAGCACUGGAGCCUGGGCCUUGGGUGCUGCUACAGCGUCUGCCGCCGCCACGGCAGGAGGUGCGUCACCAAAGCCUUCCCUGCGUAUUGCUGCGCCACUUCGAGGAUUCGGCCGCAACCCGGUGACAAGCCACGCGUCAUGCACUGUCUCACGGGCCACCACGUCGGGUGUGGGGACCGCCCCUCCUCCGCAGUCCUUCAAGCUCUAUCGCCGCGAGGGCAGUCGGAAGCGGUCCGCAGACGUUCUGUCGCAGCUCAGCGCACUUGACCUCGACGAAACACCGACAACGCCUUUUGCGGAGACGGGCGUGUGUAACUUUACCAGCAUCAUCCACAACAGUAACGUGCACAACGCCUUCCCAUCGCAGCCGUCACCGCCGACGACUGUCUACCGGGGCGCCGGCGGCGGUAGCAACGCGAUCGGCGCUGUCUCCCCACUUAUCAUAGACUACGCCACGCCUGUGACUCUGUCUCAGCAGAUUGGUGGGUCGAAUACCUUCUCUCAGGUGCUGCUGCAUCCGUCGCAGGACGUCCUCGACAUGUCGCAGGCCGACACCGAGUGCUCCAACUUUUUGGCACGGCGCAUCCUGACCGAGUACAACGAAGUAAGACUUCUCGGCAGAGGCUCCUUCGGCACGGUAUCCUUAUUCAAGGAGAUCAGCUCAGGCGAGUACGUCGCAGUGAAGAUGUCGCCCCCGCUGCGGACACCGGAGAUGGAACGGCGCUACCGCCGCGAGCGGUCCGUGAUGGGCAUGGUGCGGGGGCUGCCGCACAUUGUGCAGCUCUCUGCUGCCUGGGAGGAAGGCCGGGUGCCGCGCCUGUACAUGCAGCUGGAAUACUGCCCUGGCGGCUCCGUCGCAUCUGUCGCGAAUGAGAAACAGAACCGGAAUGAACCCUGGCCGGAGGCGGAGGUGAAGGUAUUCCUAGCUCAUAUGAGCAUCGCGCUUGAUGCACUGCACCGCGCCAGCAUUGCUCACGUCGACUUCAAGCCGGACAACAUCCUAGUCGAUAGGGACGGCGCGUAUAAACUGUCUGAUUUCGGCUGCAGCGUGCUGCUGGAUGCGAGAGGCCGACCGAGGCCGGAGACGCGAAACGGCUACGGCUCCCCAGCACGAGGCCAACGGGCUGGCGAGGUCGGAGGUGUCACUUACGUGAACCCGAACAGCGGACCUGUCGUUUACACAGGCCCUGGCGCUAGCGAGCUGGCCACUGCCCUGAACCCCGACAGCUGGAACGACGGCAACGAACUUAGCACAACGAGCGUUGACGAAGGUGACUGCCGGUACCUAUGCGCUGAUAUGCUGAAUGAGAAGCAGCACUUCAAGGCGGGUGACAUGUUCUCGCUGGGUAUGUCACUUUUUGAGCUCAUGUCCGGUCACCCGCUCCCGCGAAAUGGUGAUCAGUUCCUAGCUCUCCGCCGCCGCGUGCCGGUGGAGAUGCUGCACCGCCGCGGAUACUCAGCGGACCUGGUGAGGCUUGUCGUGGCGCUGCUACGCAGCGAUCCCACACAGCGACCUACUGCACGACAGGUUCUACAGUACCUCCGGCCCUCUUCCGAGCAGCUUCAGCUGUUGUCGAGUUCCUCGGCAAUGCAGCAAUGGACGGAGAGCGCCGAGAGCUUUUGCCGACUGCAGGUGGAAGAGCAGCAGCAGCCACUCGGAAAUGAUGGUGCGGUAACUGCCUCCGUGGACGCGCUGCGGUGUGUAAGUGCGCUCAUGGAGGCCUCCAUGUGGCUGUUCACGACAACUCAGCAGGACGUACAUCGACUCGCUGCACCAGCAAACCCUUGCAAGGGAGAGGAGGAGGAUGAGCAGCGCCGUCAGCAACCUCAGCCGCCGCCGCUGCCGCUGCUCCAGCUCCCUCGCGGGCGACGAUUAGAGAUGCCUAUUCCACCGAGCCAGCGCGAUGAGGCGUGCACGCCGACGACACUGAACUACUAG